CAUCACUGACAUUCUUGUUUGAUUUGUGAGGAAACGAUUCAAGUGGUGCCAUCAGGUGGAGAAUGGCACUUCUUGCUGCCAUGGCAACCACCCUUGAACGCGGUCUGGUUUAACAGUAAACACAAGACUGUUAAAGCCACAUCAGCACUGAGCAAUUUUCCUGAAAGGUGAAUUCGUCGCAGGUCUCCAGGUCGUUACGUAACGAGGUAACAUGCUGGCGUGUGACUCACCAGCGUCACGUCCCUCAUGGGGACCCCGCACCCCCACUCCAACAUUAUGACGCACCCACAGUGGUAACAACAGCAUUUUCAAUGGGAUCAACCAGUCAAAUGGCAGCUCAUCAUCUUCAACAAUUGAGUCAACGUGGAGGAGGAAGGGAUGAUUAGGCGGGACAGAAACCGGCGGGCGACGAGGGCGGAAUUAGACGCUAAUCGGGAUGAGCGAGGCUCAGCGAGAAUGUAACAGGGAUCGCUUGCACGUCCUACCGAGAGACGCCUCACGGAUACCGACACGGAUGCAACCCUGUAGUGAGCCGCAGACCAUCGGAAUCUGGUGUUCAGCAGCAAUCCCGACAGCCAGGGGCCUCAAGGGGCCCGGCAGGCCUCAGUAAGAGUCGCACGGUAGACGCAUUUAACCAAAGUCCGCCCGGCAAGUCCGCCGCGGGGCGCAGUCCAUCGUCCUUCAAUCUUUUCGAGUCCAGAUUCCGGCAGGAGCCUAAAGACUCUGAGAGCAAGUCAUCCGGCAUGUUUGGCUCCAGCUUCCUCAGCGGGGCCAACCCCCUCAGUGCCAUGUCAUCCAUGACGUCCUCCGUGUCCUCCUCCAUAACCUCUAUGGGUGAUUCAGUCAAUAUUCCGAAGUUUGGUCUGUUUGGGGAAGAGGAUGAGGGAGCCACACCUGACUCUACUCAGGGAGGGAAACCACCUGGGAAAAGCCCCCAACAAGGAUCAGGUGCAAAAACGCCACAAAAAGGGGAGGCCCUAAAACAAGGCCCUCCUGGACAGGUGCCAAAACCUGGUCAAGGACAACCAAGCCCAGGGCCCAAAUCAGCACAGGGACCUACUGGACAGGCUCCCAGGCAAGGUCAGGGGCAGCCAGGACAAGGGCCUCCUGGACAGCAAGGACCAAAACAAGGUCAAGGUCCACCAAGUCAGCAGGGUCCGAGACAAGGUCAAGGACCACCGGGGCAUCAGGGGCCCAAACAAGGUCAAGGGCCCACAGGUCAGCAGGGUCCCAGACAAAGUCAAGGACCCUCAAGUCAACAGGCACCAAGGCAGGGGCAACCUGGUCAAGGUGCUAAACAGACACCAAGUGGUCCUGCACAGCAAAAAGAACCUGGCAAGCCUGGACCUAAAUCUCAAGGACCACCAGGGCCUGGGGCUCCUCCUGGAAAUGCAGCCAAAGGUCAGCAGGGUGCUACGAAGCCGACGGGAGGGCUUUGUCCGCUGUGUAAAACCACCCAGUUAAACACUGGGUCUAAGGACCCGCCAAAUUACAGUAACUGCACAGAGUGUAAGAACCAGGUCUGCAGCCUCUGUGGAUUUAGUCCUCCAGACUCAGCGGGUAAAGAAUGGCUGUGUCUGAACUGUCAGAUGCAGCGAGCAAUGGGAGGCAUGGACCCACCUGGCAUGACAAAGCCUAAACAAGGCUCAGCCCCUCCUUCGCCACAGAGACAGGCCUCAGGAAAGCCUGGCAAGCUGCUAAUCAAGCAGCAAAGCACUAGCGACCAAGGCUUGACGCCGCCUACCACGCCGAGACAGAAGUCACCAGGUGCCAGCUCUCCAGGGCCGCUUUCCCCGGGCUCCUCAUUGGGAGGCUCCCCCAAGAUCGAUCCCAAGACCGGUCGCCCUAUUCAGCAGAAGGCCAGCCCUCAGCAGUCGCCGGCUAAGGCCAAACAGGAAUCCAGCUUUUUUGGUGGGUUGGGAAGUAUCAGUUUUGGAGGCUUGACUGAUUCUGCCAAACCAGCCUCUGCUUCCUCACAAGAGUCCGUCACUGGGAAACUGUUUGGCGGAUUCGGCGGUUUGAUGGACUCGUCCAAGCCUCAACAGCAGGCGGCUCCAAAGCAGGAAGAGUCUGUGGCAGGGAAGCUGUUCAGUGGAUUCGGUGGAAUAUCAGAAGCGGCGAAACCUCCCGCCGGCGCCUCGCAGAUGUUCAGCUUUGGCUCAUCCCUUUUGAACUCUGCCACUAGCCUCGUCACUGGCGAGGAAGACAAACCGAACGAAUCUCCCCCCGGCUCACCGCCGGACUCUCAGGCUGAUUCCGGACCCGGUUCCGGUCCUGGCUCUCCGCCUGACUCACCCUUCUCUGAGCCGGGAUCUCCCCCUGAUUCAGAUUCUGCCCCUGACACACCACCGGCCAGAACCAAGAAAACGCCCAAGACCAAAUCUGUUGACGGAGAACCUAGCUUGGACAAGAGUAAAGAAAGCUGUCCUCUUUGCAACUCAGAGCUGAAUGUGGGGACAUCAGAAGUCCCCAACUACAGCCAUUGCACCGAGUGUAAGAAGAACGUGUGCAAUCUGUGUGGAUUCAACCCUACCCCCCACUUAGGAGAGAGUGAAUGGCUUUGCCUCAACUGCCAGACGAAUAGAGCCAGUCAGCUGGACGACACCUCUUCCCUGGAGAAGCCGCUAGCUGCUCCCGCUCCCUCCUCCACCCCCGCCCCUGCUGCUCUAGAUAGCAAACCCAUUGUAGUAGAAGCAGCAGCAGCAACAACAGACCAAAUCCCUCCUGCCCCCGAGAGAAAGGAGAAAAAGUUGGAGACCUUGAAAGAGCCUGGCGACAGAGAAAGUGUUACGAAGGAGGGCAGUCCCACCAGCCCCUCGGACCUGGCUAAGCUGGAAAACACAGUUCUGCCCAUUCUUGAGGCGAAAACAAAGGGCGAUGAAGAGAAUGACGAGAAACAAACAGACACGUUGAAGACCAGGCGGAAACUAGAAGUGCUUCCCCUUUCUCCUGACUCGCCCUGCUCUGACGACGAGAAAGAAAUGAUCAAGAGUAACUCAAACAAAAAACUCCUGGUCCCACUUGUAGUCAAGGGGGAUUCACUGGAUGAUAGCAGCGAAAGCUUCGGAAAGGAGAGCCCCAUGUCAGGGGAUGAUGAAGAAUUCAUCCGCAAACAGAUCAUAGAAAUGAGUGAAAAUGAGGAUGCGUCGCCGUCCGAUGAGGAAAACUUAAUUCGGCAGAAGAUCAGACGAGAUGAGAAGAAAAGAAUGGAACUAAAGAAAACAGUGUCUGUUGAGAAGAGGGCCUCAGAAAAAGCGCAUCGGUUAUCCAAGAAGAACUCUAUAAGUCCCAAUGAUGAAGAAGAUAAAGAGCUGCAAAGCUCUCUUGAGUCAGCUCAAGUCGUAAAAGUUGAUCCACCAGAUCUCAUAGAGGCAGAGCGUCAAAGCGUUGCAGUUCGCAAAUUUCCAAGCAUGGAGCUGAAUACAGCCGGCAGCCCUAUGUGUGUUACUCAUAUCGAUAUAGAGCCUGAGAUGGAGAGUCUUACUGAUUCACCAGAUGAUCGGUCUAAAGGGGAAGGGUCAUCCAGUCUACAUGCAUCCAGUUUUACACCCGGCACAUCACCGACAUCCCUGUCUUCGCUGGAUGAAGACAGUGACAGCAGUAGUCCCAGCCAUGUUCGAUCUAGUGAGAGUAAGCAGCACAGGAAAGCCAAACAUAGGCAGCCUGGUCAAAUGUUGCCCACUAUUGAAGACUCCUCAGAGGAGGAAGAAAUGCGGGAAGAGGAGGAGCUACUGAAAGAGCAGGAAAAACAGCGGGGAGCUGGUAAAAAAUCAAAGCGAGAGAAAGAAGAGGUUCGAGGCCAGCGGAGACGCGACCGUUCAAUGACACCCCCAAGCAACCUUUCACCUAUCGAAGACGCCUCACCGACAGAAGAACUUAGGCAAGAAGCAGAAAUGGAAGAGAUCAGACGAUCAUCUUGCUCUGAUUUCUCCCCAAGCAUCGAUUCGGACCCUGAAGGAUUUGAAAUCCACGCUGCAAAGAUUGCGGCUGUGCAGAAAAAGUAUCAGUUGCCCACAUCUGUAUCUUUAAUCUCUCCAACAGAAGAUAAGAACAAUGAUAAAUCACAAAGAAAACCUCUGAGGUCUGCUGAUGAAGCUUAUGAAGAGAUUAUACUGAGGGCUAAGUCUCCUACAGUCGAAAAUGUUGACUUUCAACCAGAAAAGGAGACCAUUUACGGAGGUAUGCUUAUUGAAGAUUAUGCUUAUGCAUCCGUCAUGGAUAACUCAACAGAUGAUCUGGGAGAGACUGAAAAAAUCAGCAUGCCUUCCCAGCCGAAGAAGCUGAGAUCACCCGAUGAAGUUUAUGAAGACAUGAUCAAGAAAAGGAGGGAAUUCAUGAAACUAGAACAGGAAUAUCAAAACAUGCAAACAAAAAAUGAAAGUUCAAACCCAGAAAUUGUGUUACAGUCUGCUGAGAAUACCCUUCCCAAUGUCGCUACAGUAACUUUGGGAAAAGACGGAAAAACAUUGCUGGAUGCUGAAAGUGCAUACGAAGAGCUCAUGAAAAAGGUCUUUACUCCUGGAACAAGUCCUACAGUGCAAGAACAAGAAGUGGAAAUCGCUUCAUCUGCAAGGGCUCUCUACCCAAUCCCAGAUCUAAAAGUCACACAGUGUUCCUCAGGAGAGUUGUCCUCUGAUGAAGAGAGUAUCAUUAAAAAGGAGGAGGAAGCGGCCAAAUCAGAGUCAACAUCAGCUGUGGAAUCUACGUCUCCUCUGUCAUCAAUUUCAGAUCAGCAACAGCAUUCGCCCAUCACACCCUCCCAAUCCGACAUUGUAGACCUAUCAAGUGCAAUUCCAACAACAUCUGCUCCUAUCACUACAAGUUUUACAGUCUUGCCUACUCUCCCACAGUAUGCCCAUGUUACUCCGAGCAUUGUUUCAACCGCUCCGCCUAUCCCUCCGAAGCCAAAUGUUCUGAUUAGAGCGAAUUCUCAGGACAAAGCAGAUGCACAUGUUGAGCAACCACAGCCUCCUCCCGCUCCACAAAAACCGACAGUCUUUCCCAGGAAACCUCCAGUUCCACUCCCACCUCAGGCUUCAACCACAGCAGUCAGGCCAGAGACUGUGACCACGACUUCAUUUUCCAAACAAUCAGGAACUCCGACAUACAAACCUCAUGUUCCACCACCUGUUCCUCCAAAGCCCUCCAUUCCAGCUGGCAUUUGUGAAAAUCACAGACAAGGGCAUGGCGUUAAACCACCUAUUGCACCAAAACCUUGCUCACAGCCAUCCUCCCCUGCUCAUACUUCACAUCCAUUGAGACCCACUGUUCUUCCCACAGGGUCCACGGAAACCGUGCUGAAUCUUAGCCCUUCAUCUGAAAGAAAGCCCUUUCAACCUUCGCCAAAGUCUCCCUCUUCUCCUAGAUAUGCAAGAAAUCUCCGUGAUACAUACGUGGUUAUCACACUCCCUUCUCAGCCAAGUUCUCCAGUAGAUAGUCUCAUAACUCAAGCCCCCUCUGACCCUGGUACAGCACCUACUGCCCAACAAGCUCAGCCUCCCAGUUGUCACCAAACACAGGCUCAAUCGCAUUCGCAUCAGCAGUCAGUACCACCUCAUACAACUAGGGUGCCUCUGGCUUACACCCGAGUGACAGAAUCCAUUGAGAAUCAAGAAAUAUGCGGCCCAGAAAAACACGUGUCGAGCUCUUGUCACAUAAUUGAGGCGGUAUCGGCCUCCGCUCAGCCUCCUGUGGUUAUGCCAAACCUAAUCUCUCAAGUGGUUACCACAGAGGUCCAAAGAACCACCGUCUCUGUUGUUCAUGAACGCACACCGCCGCCUGUGCCAGCUCAGCGGGCAAACGGGAUACCGAUCUCCUUGGAGAAGCCAAAGACCCAAUUGCCUGUACAGAAUGGGCAGGCGGUCUUGCCUUGUGAGGUGGUGGAUCUGAGGACUGUGAAGGCCGACUCGGCAUCAGACAUGAAUGGAGUAGAUCUGUCUGCCGGCCCGGACUCAAGGCGGCAAUCUUUUGGAGCUGAUGUCAGUCGCCAGAGCAGUGCGGUACAGUCACCUGUCGUCAACCUAAGUUCUGAAUCCACCACUGUCUCAAUCGUGACUGAUAGCAUAACCAUUGUGACCUGUUCUGCCACAAUUCAGAGGUGUGACAGUUUAGAAACCUCUCAAGCAUCUUCAAUACCCCUCCAGCUAACAAAGAACAAAGCAUUUGAACCCGUCUCUCAGAUUGUGUACCGGUCAUUGGACAAUCAACUUCCCACUCACACUGGUGAGAUCCCCAUUAAUCUCACAGUUGGAGCAAGCACAGGUGGUGGAACUUUCCAAACACCACCUGUAACCAUGGCACCCAGUGCUGUCACUGGUUGUGUUGCUAACGGUUUAACAACAAGCACCACCUCUGUAGCAGGAGCCGUUGACCUGAGCACAACGAAACCUUUCAAUACCCUGGUAUCCAUGGAUGCGGUCUCGUCAGAAGUUAUCACAGCUGUAAUCACAGAAGAUGACAGUAAGCCAGUAGACCUGACUGCAGGAAAACGAGCUGUCUGCUGUGAUGUUGUCUACAAGCUCCCAUUUGCAAGAAGCUGCACUUCACAGCAACCAACUACCCCUCUGCCUGAAGACCGUUUUGGCUACCGUGAUGACCAUUACCAAUACGACCGCUCACCCUAUGGAAUGAGGGGCUUUGGUGGAAUCAAACCGUCAAUGUCGGACACCAACCUGGCAGAAGCUGGCUUGUUUGUUUACAAGAGUAAGAACAGUUAUAAUUUCAGUGGCACCACAGACGGUGCUGUAGAUCUUUCCUCUGCAAAGAUUUCUGAUGCAGGUGAAGCAGUUGACUACUCUAAGAAAGGCACAUAUGCAGGAAUGGCAAUCCCUCCUUAUUCACAAACCAGAGUAACAAGUGGUGUUGGAACUCUCCUUGGUACAAAUAGUGUGCUGAGAUCAUCCAAUGGGGUGGUUUAUUCCUCCGUUGCCGCACCAAUUCCAUCUACAUAUGCAAUAACCACUCAGCCUGGAUCUAUCUUUUGCACAUCAUUCAACACUCAGUCAAGUAUGCACACCAGUGACACCAUGCCAUCGUUGUCUGACAUCCAAAAUUUGCCACUGACACGUUCCCAUAGUUUCCUGUCUACCGUAUCAAUUACAACGGCAGAAGAGCAAGGUAACAUCCCUCUCAACCUUGAGAUAUCCAAAGAGGACACUUCUGGUAAUGCUGUCACCCCAGCGACAACGUCUUUAUCCCUUGACUACACGGAUGAAUCCCUUGAGGCAAUAGCCGCCUCCCUAGAGGCUCUUUCCUCACCCAUGGUCCCCGGGGAUGGUCAGUAUCAGGCAGAGCGUGAUAGACUCGAAAUGGAAAAGCUGAAGCAGCAGCGCCUCGCGGAGGAGUUGGAAUGGGAGCGUCAGGAGAUUCAACGUUUUCGAGAGCAAGAACAACUGUUGGUACAGAAGGAACUGGAGGAACUGCAGGUCAUGAAGCAGCAAAUCUUGACUCAGCAAGAAGAGGAAAGGCAAGCUCACCUCAUGUUGCAAAAGGAAACCUAUGCUCAGCAACAGCAACAGCUGGAGCAAAUUCAAAGACUCCAAGAGCAGCUCCGCUUGCAAUUGGAAGAGCAAAAGCUUCGCCAGAUGUACCCAGGAGCGGAAAUUGGGAAUGGCAUCCAAGAGGCUAUUGUCUUGGGUCCCGACGGCACAGUGCUGUCACGAAAGAUCACAGACAGUGGUUGUCAAACAGACGAAGAAGAUGAGACUAUGAGCAAGGCUUACACAGCAGGGAGGAAAAAGAAAAGUGUAAAAAAGAGUGUUGACAGUUGUGUACAGACAGACGAUGAAGAUCAAGAGGAAUGGGAAGCUCAGAGAAGCCGACAGAGUCGACCACGCACGGCAAGAGGUGACAGAGGUGGACAGGCGGACAUGUCUCUACAAGCUCACUCUGAAAUAUCUAUACAAACUGAUACAGACGGAAACAUCAGGAUGGACACAAGAAUGGAACUUUCAGACCUCGACAGACUCUCACCAAAAAACGGACCCACACCGUUGGACAUUGGCCUGUCUCCUAGCCUCAAAGCAGAGUCUUCUACACUUCAAGCACACCCUAAAUCUCCCAAUGUGCUCUAUUCUCCCUUAUCACCUUGUAUAUCCCCAAGCAAAUCACUUGAAUUUGUGUCUUAUGAUAAGUCACUGGGUGAUAAAAGUCCUCAAAAGCUCAAGGGAAGUCCAGAUCCGGGAAGUCCAAGGGGAUCAAAGGCCAUGCAGAGAUCCAUGUCCGACCCCAGAUCCAUGAGUCCAACAGGAGAAGAAAGGGCAACUGGCACCCAGCAUGGGGAUAUUGGGAAGGGUUCAGGUGGAACACCACCUGGAACUCAAAAGAAGGUCAAGAGGACACUGCCCAAUCCCCCAUCUGAGGAUGAGUCAUCAGCCACUAGCCAGACCGCGUACAGCACUGGUUCUGCUCGCCGAAGAAUGUGUCGCAAUUCAAACAUGGCGCGCGCCAAGAUCCUGCAAGAUAUCGAUCGUGAGCUCGAUUUAGUGGAACGUGAGUCAUCCAAGUUGCGCAAACGGCAAGCAGAGCUUGACGAGGAGGAGAAGGAGAUUGAUGCCAAGCUGAGGUACUUGGAGAUGGGUAUUAACAGGAGGAAAGACGUUCUGCUGAAAGAGCGCGAGAAGAGAGAGCGCGCUUAUUUACAGGGUGUGGCCGAAGACAGAGAUUAUAUGUCGGACAGUGAGGUUAGCAGCAUCCGAGAGACCAGAGGUGACCAUGGUGACGUUGAUGAUGAGGAAAUGGAAAGCCAUGGUCUGGAACGUCCCAGAACAGCCCCUCAGUCAGAACUGGAUGACUUUGUUCCACCUCAAACUAAGCAUGAGUACGGAAAAUACUCCCAAUAUCAAUACCCUCAAAGUCAAUACCAGCAGUCUCUAUACCAGACACCCCAAUCCUACCAUUCUCAUUCCAUGUAUUCCUCUGUCCCUUCACUCACCAGCUCACAACAACAAAGUUACCAGCAGAUGCUCCUGUUGCAGCAGAAAGCCGCCAGACAAGCUGCUCUCCUCUCAGAACUUGAUACCACCAAAUAUGAUGUCAUUAACCGCCAACCCGAUCCAACAUCUUCGCCCUACCUCGGCGUCAAAUACGACAAAUAUGGCAACCACCUCGAUCUGAGAGCCUUAGAGGUGGGAAGUAUAGCUGGUAGCCCCUUGUCAACUGUCUCAGAUUCCUACUAUUCCGACAUUGAUCACCACACGCCUCGAAGUUACCUACUUCUGGAAGAUGCGGCCGAGCUAGCAAAGAGCUCCUCCGGUCUGUCGUCAUCAUACAGUCUUGCUGAGAGGGAGCUGGCCAAAGCAGAGAAGCUGCUCCACCGUAGUGCUGCUGAUAUAGGAUCCACUGACUACCUUGGGUCUACCUCAAGACUGCAUACAUAUGGAAAAACCGCUGAUGAGGACGAUCCAAUGGAGGAACCCUAUGAACUCAAGCUCUUGAAACAGCAGCUCAAGCAGGAGUUCAGAAGAAGCACGGGAGGGACAGAAAACUUAGACCCUCUGACAGGUCUCUCCCAGCACUACUAUACCCCAAGCUGUAGCAUCUCUAGUUACUCGCAAAGGCAUUAUCCAAAGUCAGACAAGUACAGCAUCAGUCGGCUGACUCUCGAGAAACAGGCAGCCAAACAACUCCCAGCAUCCAUGUUGUAUCAAAAACACAAGACUCCAUUACUGGAGCCUAAGGUCACUUCCAAGUAUUCCUCAAUUACAGAAAGCAGAGGUUUGGACAUGGACUAUACAAGCUAUUUAGGUUCUACCAGUAGCUCCCCAAGAUCCAGCCGACUCAUGCAAGAUGAGAUUACCUUUGGCCUCCGAAAGAAUAUUGCAGAGCAACAAAAAUACUUGGGGUCCACCUUAGGGGCAAACCUGGCUGGUUCGCUAAACCUGGGACAGAGCUUGGGAUUGGAUUCUGCUUAUCCAAGCGGCAGUCGCUCAAGACCGUCUUCCAGGCCUACAUCUUGCUAUGGCUUGGACCUUUCCAUUAAGAGAGACCCUUCUAGCUCCUCGCUGAGACUCAAAGGAGACGGUGAAGCCUCCUCAGACGGAUCCAGUUUCCAGACGCCUUCUGGUCGCACUAAACCAACCAGCCUGCCUAUUGUGCAGAGUGGACGUGGGAGAAUCCCCAUUGUGGCCCAGAACUCUGAGGAAGAGAGUCCUCUGAGCCCUGUCGGGCAGCCGAUGGGCAUGGCGCGCGCCUCCGCGGGACCGCUGCCUCCCAUCUCAGCCGACUCCAGGGACCAGUUUGGUUCCUGUCUGUCCUUGCAGGACUCGCAACAGCAGCACAUCAGGGAUGAGCCGAGCAGGGGUAGGGCUUACGUGCUGAUGGAUGACCUUCAGGGCACCAUGUCAGAUAGUGAAGCCUACCACCUGAGACGAGAAGAGACAGACUGGUUUGACAAACCAAGAGAUGGACGCUCGGAGAACGGACAUGACAAGAGACAGGGUAAAGGUCCAUACUACCCCUUCCCUCACCUCAGGGUCAAGCUACAGAAAGAUCCUAAAGACCGCAGUGUCUCAGGGAACGGUCUCGGCAUCCGUGUCGUUGGCGGUAAGGAGGUGCCAGGUGCUAACGGGGAGAUCGGCGCAUAUGUUGCCAAAGUUCUACCAGGUGGAGCCGCGGAACAAACGGGAAAGAUUCUGGAAGGAAUGCAAGUCCUGGAGUGGAACGGCAUUCUCCUGACGGGAAAAACGUACGAAGAGGUGCAAGGUCUCGUUGGCCACUCGUGUAACGAGGCGGAGUUAUGUGUCCGAUUAGAUCUCAACAUGCUGGCAGAAUCUGAAGGUUCCGAACGCCUGGACUUCCAGGAGCCGAGCAAAAAUGACAGGCCUCCCAGGUCUCCGGGCGUGGACCCCAAACAGCUAGCGGCGGAGCUGCAGAAAGUGUCCCAGCAACAGGCCCCGUCCUUCACCGCCUCCUCCAGCAGCCUGACAGCGACCGCCUCUGCCACUUCGAGCCCCGCCCAGCCGGGCUCGCCGUCUGUCAGCAAGAAACGGCACAGUAGCAAGACUGCCGAUGGAAGCAAGACUCCGUCACACCCGAUCACUGGCGACAUACAGCUUCAAAUCCACUUUGACAAGCAGCUGGGCAACCUGAUUGUGCACGUCCUCCAGGCGCGGAACUUGGCACCGCGUGACAACAACGGCUAUUCUGACCCGUUUGUAAAGGUCUACCUCCUACCGGGACGAGGUCAGGUCAUGGUUGUCCAGAACGCCAGUGCUGAAAACAAGAGGAGGUCUAAACAUGCGGGCAAGAGCCUGAAUCCAGAGUGGAACCAGACUGUCAUCUAUAAGAACAUUCACCUGGAACAGUUGAGGAAAAAGACCUUGGAGGUGAGCGUGUGGGACUACGACAAGUGUUCCUCCAAUGAUUUUCUAGGCGAGGUUCUUAUCGACCUGUCCAACACAGCGCAGCUGGACAACGUCCCGCGGUGGCUCCCCCUCAAGCCGCAGACGGAGGGGGAACACCACCGUCGCUCCCACCAGGGCCGCCACGGCUCUUCCAAGACCUCCUCGCAGCACUCGUCCCCCAAAACCGCCCAUGAACAGGACUCCCCCAAAUCGUCAGUGAUCAAAAGCAGAAGUCACGGCAUCUUUCCCGAUCCAGCAAAGGGCCUACCGGGCCGCCAGAGGCACAGCAUAGUCGGUGUGCUCACCAUUCAGAGAGGCCAGCCCGAUUGGCUCCCCGCCCUGCCAUCGUCGGCCAAUGGGAGCAGAGCAGAUGGCCGUCACCCGACCCUCAGGAAGGCCGUGUCAGAGGAGAGGCCGCACAUUGCUCGAGCGCGCGCCAGCUACAGGUCGGGCGAUGCCCCCAUGACGGCGGCCUCGCUGGACAGCGGCCUGAGCGGCAGCGCCUACAGUUUGCUGGACGAGGAUGGAGAGAUGAACGAAGUGGAUAGCGCCAUCUUCCAGGUGCCCCGAUUUGGGAAGAUUCCGAAUGGUACAGAUGGGAUAAAACCCUCCGCAGGGGAUUCUGAUGGCAAGUCACAGGUGAUGGGCGAAAUCAAAAUCGCACUGAAGAAGGAGGUGAGGACAGAAGGCGACCAUUUGAUUUUGGAGAUUUUGCAAUGUCGCAACAUCACCUACAAGUUCAAGACGGCAGAUCACCUACCCGACCUGUACGUCAAGUUGUACGUGGUGAACAUCGCCACCCAGAAGCGCAUCAUCAAGAAGAAGACGCGAGUGUGCCGCCACGACCGUGAGCCCUCCUUCAAUGAGACCUUCCGCUUCUGCAUGAACCCGGCGGGCCACUCCCUGCAGCUUUUCUUGGUGUCUAACGGCGGCAAGUUCAUGAAGAAGACGCUAAUCGGGGAAGCCUACGUGUGGCUGGACAAGGUGGACUUACGUAAGCGUGUGGUCAGCUGGCACAAACUGCUCGCCAGCACCGCGCAGAUCCAUUCCUAGGUGGAGAUUUGAAGGGUGCUACGGGGUGCAAAGGUACAUUGAUUGAACCGGAACAGAAAAGUGGACCACGCAAGCAAGCAGGUAUAAAACAUACAUCAUCACCCACGCAGGAAAUACAGGGACUCACUUGUACAGUGGAUUCUCACUUACCCCCCUUUGAAAGCAUUUUAUCAAGGACUCAAUGAGGACUUUAUUUUUCUAGUAGAAACGUAAAUCUAUUGGUUUUUCAUGUCUGUGAGAAGGGAAGUCAUAAAUCCAACACACACUAC